GCCGCAGCCGUCCUGGGCCCCGCGCCGCCUCUGCCGCAGCCGCGUCGGCCGCACCGGCUCGACCUCUUUACGGGCGUGAGGAGGAGCGGAGCCGCCGGAGCCGCUCAGUCUGUGAGUGAGUGCGGCCAAGGCAGCGCGGCGCUCUGUGGAUACAAACCAGGCAAAAUGCGGCUCUCCGCGAUCAUAGAGCUGCUGCUAAUCUUCCUAUUCCUGGCCUUUGCUGCGUCGAGGGUCAUAGUGCCUCUCGACACUUCGGUCAGGCAGAUCGAAUAUGGCAGGGCGUUGAAGACCAAAGCUUCCCCCGCCAGACAACAGCCUGCGCCGGCGACCCCCUCCGCGGCCCAACCCGCUGCGGCUGCGGUGGAGGAGGCGGAGAAACCAGAGAAACCGGCCACCAAGCCGAGGAACUGCCACUGCUCGUCGGAGGUGUGCAGCUGCUGCCGGGACUUCAGGGUCGUCAAAGGGCCAGGAUGCGCCAAGCUCACUUACCUCCAGGGGGACAACAUGCUGGUCACCCUGAGCUUCGGCGAGCGGGUCCUUCAGAACGUCACGAUCUCAGGCAAAAAGCCCAAGCCCGUCUGCGUGGCCCUGCCCGCCGGACAGAGCAAGUUCUGCGGACGCGUGUACGGCAUCGACCGCAAGAACGACAAGUUCGGCGCGUGCCUGGCGCUCGAGCUGCGCUCUGACGAGGAGGUCGAGGCCGCCGUCAGGCUGUCAUGCUUCCGCUUCGGUCCCGAGGGCGUGCGCUUGGAGCCCGCCAAGCCCUUCCCGGCCGCGCCGGCCAAGAAGCCCGCGCGCCCGGCCAAGAAGCCCGCCCAGCAAGAAGAGGAGGAGGACGACGAGGACGACGAGGACGAUGACGACUACCUCGGUGACGACGACGACGACGAUGACGACGACGAUGAUGACGACGACGACGACGAGGACGACGACUUCGACAUUGACGACGACGAUGACGACACGGCCGCGGCGGCCGCCGACUCCGACUCCCCCGACUACACGGGCUUCUCGGUGUUGGGCGACGAGCUGCUGGGCGGACUGUUCGGCUCAGAGAGCUCCGGCACCAAGAAGAAGAAGAAGACGGCUCGGCCCUCCAAGCCAGCCAAGCCAAACAAGAACAAGAAGACGACCGUGCUCAAGCCGCCACCAAUCUUCAUGCCCACCGAGGUCGCGAACUCGGACCUGGUGAAGCCCGUCAAGUCGUCCGCAGCCACCCCAUCCGCGUCCAACACGCGCCGCAAGCCCGCCAAGGUCUCCAAGAACAAGACCAAGACCAAGCCCACCAAGGCCACCAGCCCGGCCACCCCGGCCACCACGGCAUCCACCACCACGACAACGGCCGCGGCCCCCAGUAGUGUGCCCCUUGUCCAGGAAGCCGUCACCCCCGAACCCCUGCUGCACGAAGAGCCCGUCACCUCCACCUCGUUCACCGUGAGCGUCGUCCAGGGCGGCUCGCAGGCAGAGGAGGCCACCACCGAGGACGUGGUGCAACAGACCGACGCGCUGCAGGAGGACGAGCAGGAUGUGGAGCAGCCCGCGCAGGACAACAUGGCGGUGGAGAGCCAGCAGGCCGUGCAGUUCAUCGUGCAGCCGGACGAGAAGGACGCCGUCGCGACAACGGAAGAGAAAGAGGACGACGAGGACGACGACGAUGACGAGGAAGAGGACGGCGAGGAGCAGGCCACCAUCAAAACCUCCCCCAUCGUAAUCAGCACUCAGGUCAUCGCUGAAGACAGGACUCCGGCCGGUGCCAAAAAGGAGGACGAUGACGAGGAGGACGACAGCGUCACCGGGCUGAUCCUCGACAGCGCCUCUUCAGUAACUGGAGGGGACGACGAUGAUGAUGAUGACGACGAUGACGACGAUGAUGACGACGACGACGAUGACGAGGAGGACGAUGACGGAGACAAGAAAAAGCCGGUGGACGACGAGGACGAUGACGAAAACGAGGAGAGUAACCUUGUGACGCCAACGACCAAGGCCCCAGUGAAGAAGGUCGACAAAGACAAGGACGAUGACUUCGACGGCACUGGUGUGAUCGGAACUCUGAUCCAGACCGCAGCCUCAGCGGGUAGCGAUGACGACGACGAUGAUGACGAUGACGAAGAUGACGACAAAAAGAGCAGCGAGACCACAACAGUCAAGACGACAGCCAGUAACAAUGUCCAGGACGACGACGACGACGAUGACGAUGACGACGACGAUGAAGGUGGGCCUGGUGGUGUCAUUGGUUCGCUCAUCGAGACAGCGGCCACCGCAACAGAGGACGACGAUGACGACGACGAUGACGACAAGAACGACGAUGACGACGACGACGAGGAUGAUGACGAGGAUGACCUAGACGAUGAGGAGGAUGACAAGCCCAGCAAAAAGAAGAAGAAGAAGCCCGUAGUCGAGGAGACGACUGACGCCGAGGAACAGGGCGUGCAGGACGAGGAAGAGACGGACGAAAGUAACGAGACCUCUGGACCUGCAAAGACUGCCGCCGGCAACAAGAAGGGUGUGAAGAAGCAAGAUGACGAUGACGACGACGAUGAUGACGAUGAUGAUGACUUCGGCCUCGGACUGACUGACGAUGACGAGCGGAGGAGUGCGUCAUAUAAACUGCUCUCGCGGGUGUCCGGGACCCACGCGGUCGCCCGGGGGACCCGGUCGCGGACCCACCGCCGGAUGAGGCUAUAGGUUAAGUGUGAAAUGAUGCUCAAUGUCUGAUCGCUCGACUAUUUAUUGUCUAUUUAUUUUGCUUAAUUUAUUUGUAUUAUUUAUUGAUGACUACUCCAGCCGAGAGAGGAGGCUUUGAAUUCCUGAGUGAUGAUUUCGAAUGAACCAGACAGGACCACUUGAUCACAUUCCCAAAAUUGCAUGAACGGCACAUUU